CACAGCUCAGACGCAGCGCAGACAGACUGUGGAGAGCAGACGUGUAAACACAUACGUGUAAAAUUCAGCCGUAUUCGCGUUAAUGUAACGCCAACUCGUCUGUCCAUCAAGGUGACGAGUGUCACCCAGGAUUUUACCCGUUUACGGAUUGUAUUUAUUGACUUUUUUUGGCCGUGUUUUCUCGGAGACGCUGCGCUUCAUAUCUAACGGAUCUAACGGAUUUUAACCGUCGCCUCAUUUCUGUGCCUUCGGUUUCUCCUUAAACUGCUGCGAAAAUACACCUUAUAGCAGAGGAUUUCUUUCCUUUUCCAGGCUCAACUCAUGCGCUGAAAAUAUGCUGCUGUCAAAGUUUGGCUCUUUUUCUCACAUCUGCAGCCCGAAUAGCGUGGAUCAUUUACCGGUGAAAAUACAGCUUCAGCCCGUGAAACUGGAGCCGGAGCCGUUUGAGAAGGUCUAUCAGGUGGGCUCCGUUUUGGGAAGCGGGGGAUUUGGGACGGUUUACGCUGGAAGUCGGGUUUCUGACGGUUUACCGGUCGCCGUUAAACAUGUUGCAAAGGACAGAGUCACGGAAUGGGGGACGAUUAAUGGUGUGAUGGUGCCUCUGGAAAUCGUGCUGCUGAAAAAAGUAGGCUCCAACUUUCGAGGAGUCAUAAAGCUGCUGGACUGGUACGAGAGGCCGGAUGGAUGGCUGAUCGUCAUGGAGAGACCAGAGCUGGUCAAAGACUUGUUUGACUUCAUCACAGAGAAGGGUUCCCUGGACGAGAGCACAGCACGAGGCUUUUUCCGCCAGGUAUUGGAGGCUGUUCGGCACUGCUACAGCUGUGGUGUGGUGCACAGAGACAUCAAAGAUGAGAACCUGCUGGUGGAUCUGCGCACCGGGGAACUCAAGCUGAUUGACUUUGGUUCUGGGGCCAUUCUCAAGGACACGGUGUACACCGAUUUUGACGGUACGAGAGUGUACAGCCCGCCAGAGUGGAUACGUUUCCAUAGAUACCAUGGCCGAUCAGCCACCGUCUGGUCACUAGGGGUGCUGCUGUAUGACAUGGUGUGUGGAGACAUUCCCUUUGAGCAGGACGAGGAAAUCCUCAGAGGACGACUCUAUUUCAGACGGAGAAUCUCAGCAGAGAGCCAGCACUUGAUCAAGUGGUGUUUGUCACUGAGGCCAUCAGAUAGACCAACUCUGGAGCAGAUCUUUGAGCAUCCAUGGAUGCGUCAUGCUGAAGCAUCUAAGACUGAGGAGGGAGACAUCCGGCUAUGUACCAUCAGUACGGACAUGAGCAUGAGCUCCAGCAAGGAGAGCCUCUGAAAGAAAUAUCAUCUCACAUCUCACUCUCAAAAAUCGCUGGGACUCAACGGACUCUUAAUCUACAUCCCUGCCUUGUCAGGCUUGCAGAUUCGUUGUUGUUUUUUUUUCGUAGGGAAUUAUAAUUUAUUACAGUUUGCUCUUCCUUUCAACGUUUUUUAUUUUAUUAUUAUUAUUAUUAUUAUUUUUACACUUCAUUAAAUUUUUUUCCCGUUUGGGAACAUUUGCUGUUUGGGCGGACUUACCAGCACAAAUUAUUAUUAUUAUUAUUAUUAUUAUUAUUAUUAUUAUUAUUAUUAUUAUUAUUAUUAUUGUUACAAGGCUGGUUUAUGCAUAUGGCAAGCCUCCUACACAGAUGUGGCUGCUCUCAUAGAGCUUGGACAACUUUUUAUUUAAAUGUCUUAAUUUUUGAUUUGGAGUGCCUUUUUGAAAGCUGCUGUUUUGGGGCUUUCAUUGUUGCUUUGUUGUUUUGUUUGAAAGUUUCUCUUGAGCUGGUUCGGUGGUUAUGUUGCGUCUGGAGAUUGACCAGCGCACAUAUACCUCCAGCCAGUUCAGGGGUAUUACAGUGGGGAGAGAUUGACCCAUAGAAAUACUUGAAACGCACACACUCGCUGCGUCUCUUUCUAACGCUGCUCAGUCACAUUUUAGCCUAUAUAGGUUGUCUAGAAUAAAUAAAACUGUUCUUGUUUUUUUCAUUCUCUGAAUGUGUAUAGAGAUUUGAUGUAACCGCUGUACCUUCUGAGGGUCUGGAACACUCUCUCCCCUCAGCUUACUCUUCUGCUCCUCAUCCCACUGCUGAAACUACAUUAGUCUGUUUUCUGGGUUUUGGGGGACCUGGGUGUGAAAAUGCACAAUCAAUGCAAUAUUCAUGAAUCCCUUUUUUUCCUCUUCUUUUUUAAAAAUUAACUUGUACAGUGUUUUUUUUGUACAGUUUUCCUCUUUAAUUUAUUUGUAACGUAGACAUUCCACACUCUGUGGCUAUUUAUUUUUUAUUUAUUGUCAUGCUUAAAUCCCAAAAUUUGCAUAUUUUCAUAUGGCCUUUUGUUUGCAUUCCUGUUGUCUUUUUUUUUUACAUUUGGACAAGAGAUUGGUGGAUGCACUGAAGCUGUUGUCAAUGUAAAAAAGGAAUAAAAACAAGGUUUACUUAAAUUGAAAGAGCGAUGAAUGUUAUUUAACUUCUUUUGGUUGGUUAUCAUUUGAACGCAAAGGAACUCAUUAAUGUUUUUGGGUCUGUAAUCUCCCUAUAAAAUGGCAGUGUUUUGCUGAAUUGCGAUGGGAUGGGGAUAUAUCUAUCACAGACUGCAUGUGUUAGAUAUGCUCUCUAUAGUAAAAGUUGUAUGAAACCCAAUGAAAAUCCUAUUUUUAUACAAGAACAUUUCAAUUAAACUUUCAUUUGUACAGAA